GACAGACGGUAUAAAGCCUGUGAAACGCCACAUCCCACAUCUGGACUUGGUUCUGGCUGGGAAACAUCCGAUCAAUAGACGCACAUUUGAGUUUUGGCCAAAGAAACAACAACAUGGAGGCAGUUGAAGCCAAGUCCGAAAUGCCGAUGUUCCAGUACUGGGCAGACCGCUGGAAUACAAGCAACACAGGGUGGCAGAUCAAAGGCGUGUUUUCGCUCCUGGAGAAACAUCAGGACGUCAUUCUAGCGGGAAAAGAAGACGCCCAGGUCUACAUUCCAAUGUGUGGAACGGCACACGAGUUGAAAUGGUUUUACGCCAAGGGUCAUCGCGUCGUCGGCGUGGAAUUUGUGGAAUCGGUUGCUCUGAAGUUCUUCAACGACAAUGGUCUUCCUGUGGAAGAGUCCGUGUGUCCUGUGCUCAAGUGCAAGAUCUUUCAGACUCCCGAUAAGAGGAUUCGAAUAUUCGUCUGUUCCGUGCUCGACUUCAAUGGAUUAUGCGCCGGAGAAAUGGACAUUGUUUGGGACAGGGGAGGGCUGUCCUCGAUUGAGGAAUCACUCAGAGAAAGAUACAUCGCCGUGAUAAAGUCAUUCCUGGCACCGAACUAUUCCUACGGUUUGUGGGGCGUCAUUUACGAUGAAGGUGCAGUCAAGGAGUUUCCCAGAAGCAUGCCGGAGGGGGUCCUGCGAAAGUUAUUUGGGGACGACGUGAAGCUCACAUGCGUGGAGCAAUUGCCCCCCAGGCCGGCCGGCUUUACGACUGCACUGAUGACGGAGUGCCUGUGGCAUGUGACGGCAUGACGA